AUGGCGCCGUUGGGUGGGUCGGGCGACGCCUGGCCGGGCAGUGGCCUUUGGCGCCGCGUGGGCCGCACCAUGUUCCGCACCAAGAGCGUCGAGGAGGCGCUGGCCGACCGCGACGACGACGGCAAGUCCCUCAAAAAGUGCCUCAACCUCUACGAACUCGUCCUCUUCGGGGGAUGGAGCGGGUAUGUGCGCGGUAUGCUGACGGGGGUGGGCAUCGACUACCCGCUCUACCUCACCCACUGGCAAGUGGGCCCGUGCGACGUCGACAUCACCGCCGCCCUGUCGGUCGUCGUGCUCACCAAGUCGUCUCACUUCAACGGGCUGAUCGUGGGCACCACGGUCUUCUCCAUCCUCUUCAUCAUCGUCCUCGGCGCGUUCUAUGCCGAUCCCGACAACUGGGAGCCGUUCAUGCCUUACGGCGUCUCGGGAAUCUUCUCCGGGUCGGCCCUCAUAUUCUUCGCUUACAUCGGAUUCGAUUCCAUCUCGGCCGCCGCCGAGGAGUGCAACAACCCACAACGUGAUCUCCCCAUCGGAAUCAUGGCCUGCCUGGCCAUCGCGGGCGUCCUCUACAGCGGCGUGGCUGCCGUCAUCACCCUCAUGGUCAAGUACGACGAAAUCGACCUCGAGUCGCCGCUUUCAUCCGCGUUUGCCGCCCGCGGGCUGGGCUGGGCGCAAGUGAUUAUCUCGAUCGGGGCCUUUGCGGCGCUUACGUCCUCCAUCCUCGGCGGCCUUCUCUAUCUCCCGCGUAUUUAUUUCACCAUGGCCCGAGACGGGCUGAUGUGGCCCAUCUUUUCGUACAUCCACCCCAAGACCCACACGCCCCUUCCGGCCAGCAUUGUCACCGGAACCAUGGCGACGGUGCUGACCCUGUUGGUCAAGAUCGAGGUGCUGGCCGACAUGGUCUCCAUCGGCUCGCUCUUCGCCAUGCUCAUGGUCUGCGCGUGCGUCCUCACCACCCGCUACCAGCAGCCCAACGGCUCCAUCACCCCCGUGAUGAUGGUGCUGGGCCUGGUGACGACUUCGGCCGUGUGCUUCAUGCUGUUGGUCAGGGACCACCCCUACAGCGCCGCCAUCUUUGGCCUGCUCGCCGUCCUUCCCAUCGCCUACUUCUUCAAAACUACGCAGACGUUCGUGCCUGAGACCUUCAAGUGCCCGUUGGUGCCGUUGACCCCCAUCCUGGGCAUCCUCAGCAACAUCUACCUCAUGGCCAACCUGACCGCUGCCACUUGGUGGCGUCUGUUCGGGUGGCUGGCCCUCGGGCUGUGCAUCUACCUGGGCUACGGCAUCCGGAACUCGCGUCUGGCCAAGCGACAAAACGAAUACAAUGAAUUCUGA